UUUAUUUACGUAACUAUUCAAUUUAAUUUCAAUUAUUUUAUCAAAGCAAAAUUUGUCGUUUGACACAUUCAGCGAUAUAUUGUAAAAUUAAAGCAACCCUGCGUUGUCCUGGUAACAGUUUCGUUUUGAUUUUGUGUGUUUGCCUUAUUUAAGAUUUCAUUUGUUUAUAAAAGAUAAGAAAAGAAUUCAACAUGUUUCGUCGCGGCAAAUUUUCCUUUCUGACCAGCAAAGAUGAUCGCAUUAAAAUCAUCAACGAACGCAUAAAUUUGACAGAACGCCAUUUAAUGGAAAUGUGUUCAGCUUUUUCGAUGCUAACACGAAAAAUGGCUAAAUAUCGCGAUGCACACGAUGAGCUGGCUAAGCACAUUAAGAACUAUGCAGAUGAGGAGGAAAUCAAUGAGAGUUUAUGCAAUGGACUUAAGAGCUUCACCAACGCGUUGACCAUAACUGGGGAUUAUAUGGACAUCAAUGUGAAGAGGUUGGAGCUGAAGAUAGUCAACGAGCUGGCUCACUUUGAACAGCUGUGCAAAUCCACUAGGGACAAUCUGCGUCUCGCUGUCAUUGCAAGAGACAAGGAGGUACUCAGCCAGCGUCAAAUGCUGGAGCUGAAGUCAAAAUUUGCAGCAAACAAUACCGCCGCUGAUUCCGAGCUUUUCAAGACCAAAUUGGAGGUUCAACGCACAAACAAGGACAUCGACGAGAUCAUCAGCGGAUUUGAGCAGCGCAAGCUGCGGGAUGUGAAGCAAGUGCUGAGCGACUUUAUAUUGAUAGCCAUGAAACAGCACACCAAGGCGCUGGAGGUGCUCAGCGCCAGCUACUAUGAUGUGUGCAACAUCGAUGAGCGCGACGAUUUCCUGCAAUUUCAAAAGUUAAUGAAAUCGAAAGAGGAACCCGCUGUCAGUCGCAAAUCUUCGCUGAAGAAAGGUUUGCGCUCCCAAUCUAUGGACAGCUUGGAUCACAAUCAUCUGAGUCCACUCAAAAGACAGCAGAAGCUAUCGAAGAGUACAAAGAAUUUAACUGGAGCUGGAAUACCACGAGCUGGCAAACAGGAGCAGAGCGAAGAGGAUGACAGCGAGCUGGAUGAGGAGGAUGACGAUGAGGAAGAAGAAGAGGAGAGCGAACAAAGCGCCGAGGAGGAGGAUGAAGAGGAAGAGGCCUCCGGCAGCGUUUCAGACGACGAGGGCGAACAGGGAAUGCCUCACGAGAAUGUCUUUGGCGCCAAGGCCAGAAACAAGGAAUCAGCCAGUUCAACAGCAACUCCAUUGAAGCCAGUGGUGCGACAGCCAGUCAAACAUCCUUUUAAGGCCGUGGCAGCCACGCAUAACUCAUUUGCAUAUAGCUCGCCCUCGCUUGACUCCCAGACUACCACGCUACGCCUCUCAUUAUUUAUCCCAAAUAAACAAUAAUAAUCGAACGAGGGCAGCCAUACAUGUUCCAUACAUCUUCGGGUAGCCGAAGUUGAAAUACGCUUGCAGAAGAAUAUUUGAGAAAGAGCCUAUUAUUGUAUAUUGAUAUGUUAAACCUCUAGUAUACUUUAAAGAAGACAAUAGAUGUCCCAUAGAAGAUA